UAGUACUAUUAUUUUGGUCCGAAUUGCAGGGCAACUGCCCCCACCCUAACGGCUAUUCCCUUUGACCUUUGUAGUAAACGUGAAAAAAAAAACACAUUGAAUGCCAAAAAUUCAGCAGCAGUACUAAAUACUACUAAUAUUAUUCCUGUACUUCAAGGUUUUGCCAACCACACCGACCUUAUCAUUCACUGUAAACUUUAUAGAUUAAUUCAAUGGCUGCAAUUGCAAAUCUUAGCCCACAUGCAAAUGUGACAGUUGUUGUAUAGUGGAAGCUGCACGGUGCCAAAGAAGAAGCAGAAGAUCAGAUUGUGUCAAAAAAAAGGAAAAAAAAAAGGUUGUAUCUUUUUAAACGUUAGCUAUAUUGUCAUUUGUGUUGGUUUUUUUUUACCUCAUAAUCAGGCACUGAAAACAGCGGUGUUUGUUUGAUUGUAGCCUAGUACUACUACAAAAGUGCAGUUGUUUUGCAGAAGUAUUAUUAGUUUUAAUUUCCUGACCCCCAAUCAUCAAAGGCACAAACUUCAAGGCAGAAGAAAAAAAAACUACAAUGGCUUUCUUCUCUUCUUCUUCUUCUACUAUGCUCUGCUUUUUUCUCCCUCUGUUCUUCCUUUUCCAUCUCUUCAUUUCCUCAUCAUCAUCCCCAAAUCCAAUUACAAUCCCUAUUUCUAUUUCCAACCCGAAUCCUGAUUCAGAUCUGUACCAACAGCUAUCCCAUUUGUCUUCCCAUUCCAAAGCCAGAGCCCACCAUUUAAAACAUCCGUACGCAAAUUCUUCUGCCAUUACCAGUACUCCUCUGUUGCCUCACAGCUAUGGAGGCUACUCAAUUUCCCUCAGUUUUGGCACCCCACCUCAAGUUUUGUCCCUUAUUAUGGAUACCGGCAGUGAUUUUGUGUGGUUCCCUUGUACAAAACGUUAUGCCUGCAAGAACUGUUCUUUUCCGGGGUCAAACGGGAUUGCUUCUUUCAGUCCUAAACAGUCAUCAUCGGUUAAGAUUGUGGGUUGUUUAAACCAAAAAUGUGGUUGGAUUCAUCCAGAUUUCGAUCCUAGUACGAGUUGCAGCGAGUGCCAAUCAGUGAAAUCGAGGAAUUGUACCAAAAUCUGCCCACCGUAUAUCAUCACAUAUGGUUCUGGCAGUACAGGGGGAAUUGGACUAAUUGAAACGCUUGAUUUGCCGGGGAAAAAAGUUGCAAACUUUCUCGUUGGUUGCUCGCUUUUUUCAUCAAGACAACCUGCCGGAAUUGCUGGAUUUGGUCGGGGAGUUGCCUCAUUGCCGAGCCAAUUAGGCAUCAAGAAGUUCUCUUAUUGUCUUCUUUCUCGCCGGUUUGAUGACAGCGGCGAAAGUUCUUCGUUAAUUUUGGAUGGUGAGUCCAAUUCCGGUAAAAAGACUGGAGAUUUCAGCUACACCCCUUUUGUUAAAAACCCAAUUGUGGCAGAUAGAAAAGCAUUUCAAGUGUAUUAUUAUCUGGGUUUGAAGAGAAUCAGUGUUGGAGGGAAGAAGAUUAAGAUUCCACACAAAUAUUUAGACAUUGAUUCGGAAGGAAAUGGAGGAACUAUAGUUGAUUCUGGGUCAACUUUUACUUUCAUGGCUUCCCCUGUUUUCGAACCUGUGGUUGCUGAAUUCACAAAGCAAGCGAGCCACUAUAAAAGAGCAGAAAAUAUCGAGUCUUUGACCGGAUUAAAGCCAUGUUUCAACAUUUCCGGCCAAAAAUCUGUGGAUUUGCCGGAGCUGAAGUUCCAUUUCAAGGGAGGAGCGGAAAUGAAAUUGCCAUUGGCCAACUAUUUCCUAAUUGCAGGUAAUUAUGAUGUGAUCUGCUUGACUAUGGUUUCAGACAACAGCUUUGGAACGGAUUUCAGCUCAGGUCCAUCGGUCAUUCUGGGAAGCUUUCAAAUGCAGAACUUUCAAGUUGAGUAUGAUUUGCAUAAUGAGAGAUUUGGGUUCAAACAACAGUCCUGCAAAUAAAUGAUACUACUAGGGAUGAUAUACAUUCAUCGUUCAUCAUUUUAUCAUUAGAAUUUCCUAGCAAUAAUUUGCUGUAGCAGUUUCUUCCUUUGAAGAAUCACAUUAAGGUUUUAGAUGAGAUUAUACUCCAUAAUACUACCACAAAUGUUGAAUUGGAAUGUGACAAAAGUCACCCCAUGUGCAACUGUAGGACAAAUUGGUAUUCUGUUUUUGACUUCCUGAUGUAGACAAGAUGCAAAGACAAAGGAGCUUGCUAGCUCACCCCCCACAGUUUGGCUUCAUCUUCACAUUGAUUAAUUGCUUGUAAUAAGAUAUUGAAUUAACAAUUUAUAUAUUCUUGUGGAAAUUUGUAUGCAUAUAGUAUUUAGUCAUUGCAAAAGAUGGACAAGGUUUUUAUUAGGUUUAGAACAUGAGUUGUUCUAAACUUCUAACUACAUAGAGAG